GCCGGGCGGCCCUGUCAAUCAAAAGAGCUUCGGCGGUGAUGGCCGCCGUGGUGGGUGGGGGCGGCUUCCGCGCUCCGCGCCCGGAGGUCCCAUUAUUACCUGCUGUUAUCCAAGUCUUCGAACUAUGAUUCCCAUCACCUUCCAUGAGCCUGGCUGGUCAUCAAACUACAACUCCCACACCUGGAAUCAUGUAUGACACACCUGGAAAGCAGCAAUUUGGACCUGAGGGGCCCUCAAGGAAACCUCAGUAAUCAAGAAAUGUUUCCCCAACUUUUGGGUGAACGAACAAAUACAGCCUUCUCUAUGGAACAUCCCCCAUUAUCCAAUAGCUCAGCCAGAUGUGAAGACGGCGCCAGGAUGGGGACUUCCCUGCACGGGUGUCCAGACCAAAGGACACAGAUCGAUCUCUUUUACUCUGCCAGCGGUCCUGAUAUGUUCGCCUUAGUGACCAGCAUCUUGCAGGAGCCCAACGAAUCAGAAGAUAUGACAGAAUGGGACUCUCAGUCAAACUCAUUCCCUCCACCUUGGACCAUGGAUUUGGAAAAUAGUAGCAGAUACUCAAGCCUUUUUCCUAUGAACAUUUGGGAUCAUGAAAACCAAGCUAACCUCAUUGAAUCACGGAACUCUUACGAAGAAAAAUUGGAAAAGGCGUCUCCUACCGAACCGUUAAGCAGGAAACUCUGUGAUCUGCAGGCGACUGGCUCCUUGCCACUCCCUUGUCCUCCUUGCUUUCCACCAUCUCAUGAAGCUCUGAACCCCUCUGAUCCACAAAACAAGGAUUUUACCUAUAAAGAUUUAAAUCAGCAAUUCGACAUCGUUCCUGAAUGCAGUAACUGUAAGAAACAAGUUGAUGUUAGCAGGAGGGACUGCUUCUCAUCACUGAUCUGCCCUCCUGAAUGUUAUGGAGAAGAUCAGGAGGGCAUUGCAAGCGGUGUGCUUGGGGCCAGCAACACAGAAAAAUCAAUUCAGCUGCCUCAUUCUGCGGCAGAUGGGAUAUGGUAUCCGGUGAUUCUGGAGAGCCAGUUAUGUGCUACAAGAUGCACUUACGAAUCGCCCCAAUUCAUUUAUCUCCUCACAUCCCCAUUUCAGCAAUUAAAUAGCAUCCCCGAAGGAGCGAAUACCGAACUGCACCGAAACCAGCAGCAAAAUUGCCCCAACAACCCAAGCACCUCCUUUAAUAAUGUUAAAAGUAAAAAUUCUGUGUAUCCCCUCCGAGAUUCUUCAAAUCUCUUAUCUCCACUCCCAGGUUUCCAGCAACAAAAUUCAUUUUACAAUGGAGAUAAAUGCCUCAAAAGCAGAAGUUUAAAUCCCUUAAGGGCAUCAUGUGCAAUUUACAAAAAGCCAAAUCAAAUGAAUACCCUGCCACGUGAGUCUUCUGUCAACAGCUCCGUCGUCCAGCAUUUCGGUUUCCAGAUGGCCCCACGAAAAUGCAGCUAUCUGCAAAAUUACGGGUUUUCCAACUGCAAGGAAAAUCUUAAGCCGCACAAUUCUGUCGGACGUUCCCGGCUUCAUUUGCGAGCUCCUCGGCCGGAACGCUUGGGCGAAAUUUCGAGAAACAUUCCACCCCGUGGUUGGCCACCGUGUCUUUCUGCAAACAGGUUUGCAAAAUUCCGCAGAUUGGACAGUGCACCAAAUGGAAACCAUGCUGAUCAGAAAACAAGGGAAAGUGAGAGACGAGCUAAAAUGAACCCAGCCUUCAUAGGUCCGGACUGGACUCAGCUGGAUGCACUGAGAAGCAAGAAAAAAAUGGGCAAUUUGUUUGAUUUCCUCAAUCCGGCGUUCCUUCACCUCUUCCCGUUAGACACGGGCUGCAGCCAAAUUCCAAAUUCUCCUGCAUCUCAGCCUCCUCCUUUUUCACCGUCAUGUCCAUCUUUCUCGGUUGAUCUUCAGUAUGACAACAUUCCCCAUUUAAGUCAUGUUAUCAACAGAGACGCCUCUCCGUCGUAUUACAUGCUCCCACCACUGAUUCCCCAAGACAGAUUGAUCACUAAUCAUGUUGGGCCUUCCCGCGUACUCUACCUGCGCUUAGAGGACUGUUACAAACAGUGGCGGGCGUUAGAAAGAGAGCGAACAAAGAUGGAGGCUGAUUUAGCAAUGAGCUUUCCUAGGAAAUCUUUUGCCACCUCCAGUGAGAUUCCAUGUUUCCGGCUUCGAGCUAAUCCCUCUCAAGUGGAUCGCCUGAUUUGGAUCCAGUUUCAAGAGCAAGCAAAGGUUUACCUAUUACUUGAGAAACUGGAAAGCCUUUUCGGCGUUCCUAUCCACAAGCAUACAUGGAUUAUUUUGGAGCGCCACUUGGAAGCCAUUCGUAUGACCCAGGCCAAGAGGAACAAUGAGAUUUUUAAUGCAGUUACCAACUGGAAAUCACGGGCGCCACGUACCACCAAUGAAAAAGAUACCCUGGCCUUGGCAUCGUCUGUGAACAAGCUCAUGUUCUCCACACGGAAAACCCGCACAGCUUUAUGGUGUGCUUUCCAGCACAUCGUCCUUCCCAGAAAUUUGACCAGCAUUCCUGGUCAGAAUGCCUUGGAUCUAGCCAACAUCCCCUUACAAACCAAGAACCGCAUAAAAGGCAAAGACUAAAAAAACAAAAGAGCGAAUUGGGAAGAAUUUGAAGCCAGU